GAGGGACAAUAAACCGCAGCAGAUACAAAUAUAUAUACACCAAGUCCGGGUGGGCACGUAAUCUCCCAAGUUUGUCGCCAGCAACCUAGAAUUACAAUUAAACUUCAGCUUACAGAUGAAGAUGCUGAGGAAGAUGAAGUUGAUGUUGUUAUUGUUGGCUGUAGUCUUUAUGGUCCUUAUUCAGAUAUCAUAUCAUAUGACCACUACGUCACAGAAGUCGACCAAUCAUAUUGAUGAUUCUUCAAAUCUGACAUAUAAGCAGAUUAACCAACUAGAAUCACGGAUAUAUAUAAAUACCAGGACAGGAGGAGACCAAUCAAAACAGCGUUAUUUGAUUUAUAACUGCGAUGGGAAGUCGGGUCCGUGUGGGGGACUUUUCGACCAGUUGAAGGGAGUUAUGACUGGGUAUUUAAUAUCUCAACUAACCGAUCGCGUGUUUCUUAUCGAAAUGACGUCGACGUCAUGUAAACUUUCGUCAUACCUUUCACCUAAUAAAGUAGCAUGGAAUAAUACAAUACCAAAAAAUGUUCUGACAAAACUAACAAAGAGCAGAAAGUAUUUCGUUGAUUCGGUUACUUUUUACAAAGGAGUUGCAACUUAUGAUUUCCAGGAACUAUUUAAAGAAGAUGUCAUUUAUUUCCGUGCUAAUCUUGAUUAUAUAGAUAAUUUGAAAUUAAACGUUAACUAUAAAAGCAAAUUAAAGUGGAUGGAAAAUCGGACUAGAGAUAAGAUUUACCAAAAUAUAUUUCAUGAUUUGUUCAAAAUAUCGGAUAAAAUACAACUGAUAUUAGACGAUUUUCUGGAAAGAGCCAAACCACGUGCGGCGAAGAAUAGCUCUCUUGUGUGUGCUCAUAUCCGGACGGGUCGAAAUCCAACGAUUCCUCGCGAUUCCAAGGUGAUUUCAACUACAGAAGACGUAAAGAACGGUUUGCGUUUCUUACAUCAAAAGGUUUGUGAAAUCAGUAAAAAUAGAUCCCAAUCAUGUCUUAAUGAAACAUCUACCGGAAGUAACUUUUAUAAACACGUUAAAGUAUUUGUAAGUUCUGAUUCUUAUGACGUUUUGGAAACUGUCCGACAAGAAUUCAAAAUGGAGAUUGUGGAAAACAAAGGAGUAAUUGUCCAUGUUGAGCUAGGGAGACAACACAAAAACAUAUGUGAAGGUUUUGAAAAACUUGUAUCCGAUUUUCUAAUUUUAACUAAAUGUGAUGUUUUGCUGUUGAGCAAAAGCGGUUUAAGCAGAAUGGCGUCGUAUAUUCGUGGAGGCAGUAAUGGGUUAUAUUGUAAUAUAAAAAACAAAGGUGUUCAAAAGUGUGAGGUUGAAAAACUUAAAUCCUUAUAUAAGGUCAAAGGGUAAACAUGGGCCGGAAGAGUACGAGGCAAUUGGGUUCCACGUGAGUCAAGGUCUCAAUGCUUGGAUGGAUAUCAUUCUGGCUAACGCUAACAUCGCUGUAAUAUUAUUCCAUCCUGGAUACCAACACUGUAAUAUUAUUCCAUCCUGGAUACCAACACCGUAACAUUAUUCCAUCCUGAAUACCAACACUGUAAUAUUAUUCCAUUCUGGACACUGUAAUAUCAUUCCAUCCUGGAUACCAACACUGUAAUACUAUUCCAUCCUAGAUACCAACACUGUAAUAUUAUUCCAUUCUGGACACCAACACUGUAAUAUUAUUCCAUCCCGGAUACCAGCGCUGUAAUAUUAUUCCAUCCUAGAUACCAGCACUGUAAUAUUAUUCCAUUCUAGAUACCAACACUGUAAUAUUAUUCCAUUAUGGAUACCAACACUGUAAUAAUACCAAGGUGAGAAACCAGCUGGAUUUAAAUAAUUGCCAUCAAAGUUCACUACUCUAGAUUCCAUCAACCAGUGGCAAUACUCACUAGUGUUCGCUAGGUAGACAAUCGAGUCUACGAUGACGUUUUAAAAUAAGUAAACUUUGAUCCCAAUUCUUUUAAUCCAAUCUGUUUCUCACCUUGGUAUUAUCAGGGGGUGCUCGAUUGUCAGUCCGGAACGUCCCGAAUUGACAGAUUUGCAAUCAAGUGAUACGGAAUUCAGCCCUGUCACAGUUCUGCCAAUCCUAACAGCUGAGGUUGUGUGAGUCGAAUCGUGACGUAUGAUUGGUUGAGAUAUAUUUUUAUGCAGUCGGCACAUCCGUUGUACUUCGAAAUUCGAUUGACACUAUUUUUGGAAUUGAGCGAUUUAACUCUGGAACGUUCAAUCGAGUAUCCCCACUAUCUACUGAACGAGAAUCAGUUUCAGACGAGUUAUUUGCCCCUGAGUUAGAAAUCUCGUUCAGACUUGACACUCUCGCUUACGAACAUGUACAUAACAGUCGUUAGACAUAUACUUA